AUGACUCCUCCAGUUUCUGAUCCUGUUUCCACCCAAAGUCCUGAUGCCGCCGCCCAAGUCGCCGGACAGUCCUCCUCCCAUGCCUCCCGCGCCGCCGAACUCUCCAGUCUUAAAGUAAAGCUGCACGCCGCCCUGCGCCAAUUCCCCGACUUCCCCUCUCCCGGCAUCCUUUUCGAAGAUAUCCUCCCCAUCUUCGCCGACCCCACCUUGCACGAGUCUCUGGUCCGCUGUCUUGAACUCCACAUCCUCGAAACCCACGCCGACCAGAAGCCCGAUGUUAUCGUCGGCCUGGAGGCCCGAGGCUUCCUCUUCGGUCCCAGCCUCGCCCUGAGACUCGGUGCCGGCUUCGUCCCCGUCCGGAAGCAGGGCAAGCUCCCGGGCCCGUGUGAGACCCAGGGCUACGAGAAGGAGUACGGUCAGGAUUUCUUCCAGAUGCAGGCUGGUUCUAUCAAGCCGGGUCAGAAGGUCUUGGUUGUGGACGAUAUCAUCGCUACUGGUGGCUCCGCCCAGGCCGGUGGUGAGCUCGUCAAGAAAAUGGGAGGUGACCUGAUGGGCUUCAUCUUCAUGCUCGAACUCGAUUUCCUCAAGGGCCGCGAGAAACUCUCCGCUCCGGUCUACACUCUCCUGACUGGUCAAGAGAAGAAGGCCUAA